AUGCCGGGAGUUGUAGUCGGUCCCGCCCAGCUCCCGGAGCGGGGACGCCCCCUGGUGGUGUCGAUAGGGAAGCGGAGGACUCCGUUUCCCAACAGCCCCUGCGGCUGUGCCGCGAAAGAUGCUGGGAGCUGUGGUCUGCUUGCCCUGGGUGCCCAGCGGCAGUUCUCCCUCUACGGACUCCUUUUCCCAGCGUGCUCCGCGCGGUGGCGGCAGCGGCGGCGGCCGGAGCGGCCCAGAGCAGGGAAGAUGGCGGCGGCGGGUGCGGGGGCCGGGCCCGGGCCCGGGCCCGGUGCGGGUUCUUCGGCCGGUGCCGGUGCUUCGAACCCGCGGAAGUUUAGCGAGAAAAUCGCGUUGCAGAAGCAGCGGCAGGCGGAGGAGACGGCGGCUUUCGAGGAGGUGAUGAUGGAGAUCUGCUCCACCCGGCUGCAGGCUCAGAAGCUGAGGCUGGCCCACAGCCGGGGGCCCUACUACAGCGGCUCCCUGCCCAACGUCAACCAGAUCGGCAGCGGCGCCUCCGACUUCCAGGGCCCCCUGCACUCGGCGCUGGACUCGGCGCGCGGCACUCGGCACCACGGCCUGGUGGAGAGGGUGCAGCGGGACCCGCGCCGGAUGGUGUCCCCCCUGCGCCGCUACUCUCACAUCGACAGCUCUCCUUAUGGACCUACCUACCUGUCCCCUCCACCCGAGCCCAGUUGGAGGAGGACCAUGCCCUGGGGGAACUUCCCCAUGGAGAAGGGACAUUUGUUCCGGCUGCCCUCGGCCCUCAACAGAACAAACUCGGACUCGGCCCUGCACACCAGUGUCAUGAACCCUACCCCCCAGGAUGCCUACCUGGGCCCCGGGCAGGGGGUGCCAGCCCCCGGCCGCCGUGGCGGUUUUCUGGAUGGGGAUGUGGACAAUAAAGUGCCUCCCAUCGAAGAGACCUUUGAUGACAGCAAGCACUCUCUGAAGCCCUGGGACACCAAGAAGCUCUCCUCAUCCUCUGCCCGGCCACGCUCCUGCGAAGUCCCUGGUAUCCACAUAUUUCCAUCCCCAGACCAACCUGCCAGCAUCCCUCUCAUCCCCUCGGCCCUCAACACCGGCGGCUCCCUCCCUGACCUCACCAACCUGCACUUCCCCUCCCCGCUGCCCACCCCCCUCGACCCGGACGAGAGUCCCUACCCCAGCCUGAGUGGGGGCAACAGCACCAGCAACCUGGCCAACACCAUGACACACCUGGGCAUCAGUGGGGGCAUGGGCCUGGGCCCCACCUACGACUCUCCAGGACUUACCUCUCCUAUGCAGAGCUCCCUGAGUAACCCCUCCCUGCAGUCCUCGCUUAGCAACCCCAACCUCCAGGCCUCCCUGCGCAGCCCCUCGCUCCAGUCCUCCCUCAGCAACCCCUCGCUCCAGUCUUCCCAAAGCAGUUCCUCCAUCCCCUCCUCACUCUCCAACCAGUCCCUGCCUUCCUCCCUCUCCUCCUCGCUCAGCAACCCCUCCCUGCCCACAUCCCCCCGCAGCCAGCCCCUCCAGUCCUCCCCCAGCAACCCCAGCCUGCCCUCCGGCUUGAGCGGCUCCUCCUACCCCCUGGUGCAGGCCUCCAUAACCACCUCGCCCCGCCGACGGGUCCCGCUCAGCCCCCUCACCCUCCCCAUGGGUGGCGACUCCAGAAGGCAGCACCCCAAACAGUUCUCACCAACAAUGUCACCCACAUUGUCCUCCAUCACCCAGGGGGUGCCUCUGGACACCAGCAAGCUGCCUGCCGACCAGCGGCUGCCUCCUUACUCCUACGGCCAGCCUGGGCUGCUGCUGCCGGCCCAGCAGGGCCAGAAAUUUGACCAGUUUGGGAUGGGGGAAGGCCCCACUGGCAACAGCGGCAGCUUCCCUGAGGAGCUGGGGACCCUGAGCUACCCUCCCGAGGGCAGCUACGACCCCCAGGUCCUGAACCGGCAAAACCUCAGCAACUGCAGCCGCCACGGCCCCAUCCCCAACAUCAUCCUGACAGGAGAUUCCCCCCCUGGUAUCUCCAAGGAGAUCGCCACGGCGCUGGCCGGCGUCCCGGGCUUCGAGGUGGAGGCAGCGAGCCUGGGGCUGGAGGAGGAGCUGAGGAUCGAGCCGCUGACGCUGGACGGCCUCAACAUGCUGAGCGACCCCUAUGCGCUGCUCACCGACCCUGCCGUCGAGGACUCCUUCCGCACCGACCGCCUCCAGUGAGGGGCCUGGCACUCGGCAGA